UUCGCCAGGGCACCCAACGACCAUGCAGGAGAGCUACCAGAAGCACCAGCGCUACAUCCUCCGCCGCUUCCCGCCCUUCCUAGAUGACGCCAUGAUUGGGAACAACGAAAAGUUGCGCUUGUUGUUCAUUGUGCUCUGGUCCAUGCUCAUCGCAUUGCCGACAGUACUCGCUGCGUACACUUGCGACUACUUUGUCAAGGAACCGCUAUUCUACUUCAGUGUGCUUAUGGUGCUAUUCGUCUUCGCGCGCGCUCUGCAUCGGUAUUGCGUGCGAUGGCCGGAAGGACAUGCAAAACGAUGGAGCUACUGGGCCGAGAUUGAACUCGCGACGGCGCCGUACAAGUUAAAGAUCUUGGGCUAUUACCAUCGCAAAAUCGACCACUUCCUGGGGCAGUUCCCCAAAGGCACGACGGACGCGCAGAUCCAUCGACACUACAACAUUCGGACGGGCGUCACAGCGCUGCUGUUCUCCGCCGCGUUCGUCGUCUCCACUGUGCUUCUCGCGUACACGGAUGGACAAGACUACUCCCAGGUGUUGAUCCUGUACAUCUUUAGCGUGGCCUCCGUGUGCGUGUUGUUCUACCUUGGGAAGGUCCAUUGCAUAGAACUCCCGCAAGUGAUUGUGUUGCGUCAUCGACCAGAGUUCGCAUCGGAAGUGUUAUUCAGCGACAUGCAUGAUGAGAAGAUUCCCUUUGCCCAGCCAGUGUCUGACUACCGCACAUCAUCCCGAUGAUAAUGCCGUCAACAAAUUUGAAAAUGGCGGCGAUCUUAUUGGGUUGACGGUUACAGAAACACUUGAUUGGCUAAUAAUAAAAUUGAAACCUGAAUUUGAUUGGUCG